GAUAAAAAGGCCGCCCAGGAAGAAGCCGGAUAAAGCCCUGUACGUCCCCAAGGCGAUGCGCAAGAAGGCAGAAUGGGGCGAGCAGGAGAGCCCGGUGGUGGCUGGCAGCGAGUCGGGGGGGGGUAUGGCACAAGAAGAAGAAAUCUGCUCUAAAGCUUCAGUCGGGGACGCCCAGGAGGAACCGGGUGACCCUGAAAGCAGCCCCGGUGGUGUCUCCUUGGCCCUGGGCAAGCAGCAGGAGCCCGGCGAAGAGCGCGUUUCAGGAAAAAGUAACGAUGAUGCAAACGGUGAAUGUCCUCCGUGCUGUACGGAUGUCCCGUCGUUAGAGAACAGUAACGAUUUCUCUGGACAGGAAAGCCAGGAUAAAGACUGUUCGGAUUCCCUUUCUUCUGCACACAAUAAAAACCCAACUGAAGCGGAAGAGCAAGGUCAGAGCUGCGACAACGUUAUUAUACCAGAAGGCAGCAAAGUCCUGUGCCAGCUGCAAGCUGAAGGCCAAAGCAGCCGGGAUGCCGGUGUAGCAGAGUGCGGCAAAAACUCCUCCCUAUCGGAAAGUCACAGCAGUAACUGCUGUACGGACCCGGCUGCAGCAGAGUCGAGCGCAACAUCACCGGCGCUGGAAAACCAAGAUAAGAGCUGCGCCGCUGCCAAGAGCCCGGAGAGCGGCGGAAACGUGUCACCACCUGCAGAAGAGGGCAAGGACUUUGUGAGUGCCAGCGCUGGGGAGGGAGGCGAGAGUUUCUCCGAACUGGAAAGCCAAGGUCAGGAGAGCCCCGGCGUUGCCCAGGUGGAGCGUAACCAGAACCCCCCAGAAGCCCAAAAUGAGCCUCUGGCCGCAGCGGAGCCGGCCCGUGGUGCCGACGCCUCAGCUCCUGGGGUCCAGAGCAGGUGCUGGGUGGGUGCUCCGCCGCAGAACCGCAGCGGGACGGUGCCCGCGGCAGAAGAGGAGGACAAGGAGCGUUCGGGCUUGGCCGACGCGCUGUGGCGUGAGCUGCGUUUGCCUGCGGGCGAUAAAGAGGAGAGCGCGGCCGUCUGCGGGCAGAGCAGCCUGGAGGAUGACUGUACCGCGGAGCUCUUCGCAGAGAGCGUGGGUUAUUUAACCGUCAAGGACAUAAGCAUUGAGAAGAUCAGCUUGGAUUAUUCCAGCUAUGGAGAUGCACAGCUCAGCGAGGGGGAUUUUGGCCACGUAACCGAAAUCUAUGACUUCGCCCCGUCGCUGAAAACGGAGGACCUGUUGGAAGCGUUCUCGGAUUUCCACGAGAGUGGUUUCAAAAUCCAGUGGGUCGACGAUACGCACGCCCUGGGAAUCUUCUCCAGCCUGUCUACAGCUUCUCAAGCCCUGGGGCGCCGUUAUCCUUCUUUAAAGAUCCGACCACUGAUCCAUGCGACAAAGCAGUCGAAGAUCAAGGCGCUUCAACGACCAAAGCUCCUUCACCUUGCAAAAGAAAGACCCCAGACUGACACUGCAGUGGCGAAGAGGCUGGUGACCCGGGCUUUGGGUUUGAAGCACAAGCAGCAGGGCGUCCCGGGCACCGAAGUGCUCCUGCCGGAAAGCUUGGACCAGGAGGAAUAA